AUGAUCAUUCAUUCCGAUGGAAAUGGAGAUGGACAAGGUCAUAUAUCUGUAUACUUGGCUAUUGUUGGGCCAAGUUCCUUACAUGUUGAUUGGGAGGUGAAUGCCUCAUUUAGAUUCUUGAUAUUUGAUCAAAUUCAUGACAACUAUACUGUAAUGAAAGGAAUGGAGAGGCGUUUUCGCAAUAUCAAGACGGAAUGGGGUUACUCGAAAUGUAUCUCUCAUGAAACAUUCAAAGACCCCUCUAAUGGUUACCUUGUUAAUGACGAAUGUAUCUUUGGAGUAGAUGUAUAUGUCAUCAAGAAUCAGAGAAUAGGUGAAUGCUUUUCUUUGAAUGAUGCUGAUCCUUAUAAGCACGAAUGGAAGAUUGCUGAAUUCACAAAAUUGACGAAUAAAGUGUAUUCUGAAGAGUUUACUGUUAAAGGGAAACUUUUGUUAUACCCUGCUGGUGACAGCUGGCAAAAUGGUCAGAACAUCUCCAUCUUUCUUGAAUCAGUUGAUGCUGCAGGAUUUAAUCGAGAUAGUGGUGCUAAUUGGUUUUCAGCUGCUGCACCCAGUUGGGGCUGGCAAUCAUUUAUGCCAUGUUAUGAAUUCAAUGAUCCUAAAAAAGGCUUUCUUAUUCAAGAAUAUUGCAUUGUGCAAGCUGAUGUUUCUGUAGUUGAUAUCAUGCAUAUACGGUAA